UACAAACUCACAUGAUUCACGAAACAAAGGACGUCGUCUCACCCCGAUGCGAUCAUCUCUCCCCGUAUCAACACAGCAAAAAAUGGCCAAUGAUGACAGGAAAAAACCACCAAAGAAAAAAGGACGUCUCACCCCGAUGCGAGCAUCUCUCCCCGUAUCAAACCCAGUGACUCUAGCGGAACCGUUACUGAUCACACCAGUUGUUGAAGGACGUAAAGUGGAGAUAUUGAAAAGCAUCGUAUAUGGAGGUUUAGCAGAAGCAAUCACAAGCCUCGGUGUUAUCUCAUCUGCCGCUGGUUCAGGUGCUUCAACAUUGAACAUUUUGGUAUUAGGGCUUGCGAACUUAUUUGGCGGGCUUGUUCUCAUUAUUCAUAAUCUCCACGAAAUCAGAAAGGAGGAAGUACCCAUUAGAGAAACAACAGCUGAAAGCCAGACCAAUGGUCCAAAAGAAAGUCGGUACAAGCGACUCUUGGGACGAAGAGAAAACUUCAUGCUUCACGCAACAGUCGCAAUCUUAUCCUUUAUAAUCACCGGACUACUCCCACCUGUCGUCUACUACUUCUCAUUCAGCAAAGCACACAACAAAGACUACAAAGUGGCAUCAGUUUUCGGUGCAUCUCUGAUAUGUAUCGCCUUGCUCGCUCUAGCGAAAGCUCACGUGAAGAACCCGAGAAGCAGCUACUUUAAGAGCGUUUUGUACUACGCUGCGACUGCUGUGUCUGUGUCGGGGAUUACGUACGUGGUUGGUAACGUUGUGAAUCAGUUGAUUGAGAAGUACGGAUGGUCUGAAACUCCGGCGGGGGAGAUGAUGCUUUCACUUAUGGGGAGAAAGGCUGGUGGCUUUGGAUACUCAUCACCAUACUGA